AUGCUACAGUUCAAACUAGUUCUGCUUGGUGAUUCCUCCGUUGGUAAGUCAUCCAUUGUUCACAGAUUUGUAAAAGAUACAUUUGAUGAACUAAGGGAGAGUACUAUUGGUGCUGCGUUUCUUUCGCAAACAGUCAAAAUUAAAGAUGGUAAUGAGGAUGUUGUUAUAAAGUUUGAAAUAUGGGAUACUGCUGGUCAAGAAAGGUAUAAGUCCCUGGCACCCAUGUAUUAUAGAAACGCCAAUGCAGCUUUGGUGGUAUAUGAUGUUACCCAACCAGACUCAUUGUCAAAAGCUCAAAGUUGGGUGCAAGAACUACAGAAUAAAGUCGGAGACGAAGAGCUAGUAAUUUAUCUAGUUGGGAACAAGGUGGAUAUAGUAGAGGCCGAUGAAAGUGCUAGAAAGAUCGAAACCGAGGAAGGUGCGGAGUACGCCCAGGCACAAAAGUUAUUGUUUAAGGAGGUAAGUGCUAAAACAGGUGCUGGUGUUAAAGAUAUAUUCCAAGAAAUUGGUGAACAGUUAUAUAGCACCAAGAAGGCUUCAUUAAAGAAUAAAGAUCAAAGUCGAAGAACGGACUCAGUCUCGUCCAAUACUGUUGAUAUUCAGACACAGAGGCCAUCAACUAAUGAUACCUCGUCAUGUUGCAGCUGA